AUGAAAAUAAUUUUAAAUUUGAUAAUUUUAAUAUUAUCAAUUUCCAUAGUUUUAAUUAAUGGUGAUUAUUUAGAAUAUAAAAAGGUUCAUUUAGUUGACCAAGUUUCAUUAUCAAAUGGAAAUACAAAUUAUAUCUUCAGAGGUAACGAGCCAAAAAUAUUAGUUAAUGGUGAAAAUUACUUUGCAUAUGAAGAAUUAAUAAAAUGUAUGGUAAACAAUUCAUUAACAACAGGUGUCAAAUUACCACCUCAAUUUAUUAUUGUCGAUAUCAAACUUAUCUAUGGAUUAAAAGAUGAAGAGUCAGAUAUUGAAUUGGAGCAAACUUUCUUUAAUGCAAAUCCACAAUUUGGUGAAUUUGGUACAAAUGUUACUUUGGGCGAUCUUUGGGAUCCAAACUUUUUACCUGAACAUGAUGUUAAAAGUUGGGCUUUAAAUUUAUCAGACUGGCAACAUGACAAUUUACCAUAUAGAAUCCCAUUCUACCGUAAUAUUUUAAAUUCUGAAAAUGAUUUACCUUUAGUUUUAUAUAUUCAUUGUGAAUGUGGUUGUGAUAGAACUGGAGAGGUAUUUGCUUCAUAUGCCAUGAAAUAUUUAGGUUAUUCAUUUAAAGAAGCAAUGGAAUGGGAUUAUAGUAUUGCAGGUAGAAGAAUUAUGAUAAAUCAUCAAUUUGCAGCUCAAUGGUAUUGCUACUAUUUACAAGUUGCUGAAGGAAUGACUAUUGAUUGCUCAGCACCACCUUUAUUUGAAUAA